AUGGACACAGCUUCGCAAACCAAUGACAGUGAUAGUGUAACAGAUUCUUCUAAUUACGUAUCAGCCGCAUCUUCGAUAGAGGCGCUGGAUGCCCAGCACAAUCGUGAUCAAGAUUUUGUGGGUGAUUCACAGGAUUCGGACGUAGCAUCUUUAAGUGGUCGAAAUGAACUAUUUCGCGACAAUGCUUCCUUGUCAGAAUCAUCCGAGGAAGGAUCUACAGACUCCUUCAACCCUCUAGCUGAUCUAGGCAUUUCUGAUAGUGCUGCUCCCGAGCUGAAACCGAGCAGACCGGCGCGCAUUGACUUCGUUGAGUUCCAUAAAGGACACAGAUUCGACGAUGAGCUUCUUCCGAGACUGCAAAAGUUCGAGGAAGUGUCCAAGACGACGGAUUCACUUUCACAGCAACCAAAAAGAGUCAAUGACCAGAACUCUCUCCGCGAAUUGCAAUCAAAAUUGGCGCAUAAAGUUCCAAGGGCUUAUUUGGAGAUGGUGCUGAGGGAAAACAAUUACCAUCAAUACGAAGACUGGCAUUUCAUGACAGAAGACUCUCAAGGUAAGGACUGUGAUCCGUGGGAACAGUUUUUGAAUCCUCAUGGCCACCUCCCUCAACCGUCGUUAAAAGAAUUUCUCGUUUCCAUCGGCGUCCCUACUAGCUUUAUGCCUGAAACUGCCGAAAAAAUAAGUGUAACGAUGUUUGAUCGUAUGAAUUACCUGGAAUCGGUAAGCUGGAUGUGCCAGCAGCUGGAACAUUAUGUGGACAGCAGUGGUUUUACCAAAACGUUUAUCCGCUACAUUCUGGAUAGAAACAUCUACGACUCUGCAGAGUGUAAUUCCAUGUGGUGUUCCAAGGUAUAUGGCCAACUAUGUGAAGACCACUUUCUGAGGACUUAUUUGCAACUUGUCGAGAACGAUGAGUACAUGCUACACCUUCGAGUUGCACGGCAGAUCCCAGAAAUACACGGACCGCUCUUGGAAGCAUUACAUCCGAAUGCCGGACAGCAAGUGUUUGCGGAGAAAUUUCACGAGCUUCUCAACUCGAAAGAGUACCGGAAGCUGCUUUACUUCAUUUUGUUUAUUUUGGGAACGGACAAACUUCCCUUCGGCAGGAAUGAUAUUACCUUGCACUUCAAGAAUCAAAUACAUGACUUCUGUGAGGACGGCAACAACUUAGAGCUUAUUGUUUUAAAGAGCUACAUAAACCUGUUUCUAAAUAGAUGA